AUUAAUUUUAAAAUAAAUUUCAUUGCUUUAACAUUAAAAAAGUAUAUAUACGUACCUUUCUUUUUUAAAUAUCGGUUUUAGAUUAUAAAAUUGUAUUGUAAGUUUUAUGAUAUUAUAAUAUGUUAAUUUAAACUAUUAUUACAUAAAAAUACCGAUGUAUUAGGUAAAAUAUUUAUGUAUCGAUAUUUUCUGACAUCCUAGAAGGAGGUUUCAGUGAGGGUUGUGCGUUUUUCUGAAGUUAAUUGGAAAUUAUGAGUUAUUUAAAAUUGUUUGUGUGGUUUGAAGUGAUGAUGGGAAUUAAAAUAUGUGGUAAUAUGAAGUAAACGUCAUUAUUAAAUAUCUGUCCGUAGUGCGUUAAAAUUAAUCAAAACUAAUGAUAAUUGAAAAAUGUUAUUAGCCUCUCAACAUUAUCCUAUAACUAUUUACAGUAUUGUAAUUUUAAGAUAAUGUGCAAUCCAUGUUUCUAAGAAAAAAAUGGUAUUAUGCAUAAUUUCUCUGGAUUAAACUUGAAUCAGCUUUUUUAUCGAGUUGUCUUUAAUAAAUUGGACUCUUUUCAAAUCUUAGGUUGUUUCUUUCAUGAAAAGUUCAAAUCAGUUUUCUCUACUUAUUCUUGCCCAUUAAAAUAUAUAGCUAAACCCACAGAAUCCCUUUCUUCCCAGUCUACCAAGGCAAGACUUAAUCAUUUUAAAAAAGAAAUGAUAAAUUCUGAAAUGUCAUUUUACAUCUCAACAGGUGGGAAUGUUACUUCAACAGACAAUGGAAUCUAUCCAGGUACUUCAGUAUGUUUUCAGUUUUGGGUUACUAAUGAUUUACUUAAAUUAGUGGCAGUUUGUAACUUACCUGAAGCCAUCAGAUUAGGCAAAAGCUCCAAAGGAUCAAUUGAGACUCUGAGGCGAUAUGAAUCUUUUGAUGAAACCACUCAUUAUUCUGAUUUUGAUUCAGGCAUGGAAACAACUCUAAAAGUAAUGAGUUAUAAUGUUCUUUCUCAGACUUUGUUGGAACAACAUCACUAUCUGUAUGAAAAGCAGUCUUCAAAAAUAUUGAAUUGGAGUUAUAGGAGUAAAUUAAUUCUUGCAGAAAUACUAACAGUUAAUCCUGAUGUUCUUUGUCUACAAGAAGUUGAAGGAAAUCAUAUUCCUACAUUUUAUAAAACUUUAGAGCGCUAUGGGUAUCAAGGUGUGACUAAGAUGAAAACUGGAUAUAAACCUGAUGGACUUGCAAUAUUUUUUAAAGUACCCCUUAUUAAAUUGGUUGAAUUAGAAACUGUUGAAUUCAAACAACCAGCUGUUAUCCAGCUGGCUACACGAGACAAUGUUGGUUUAAUUGCAAAAUUGGAAAAAAAUGGGAAAAAGUUUCUUGUUGCUAAUACCCAUCUUUUAUAUAACCCAAAAAGAACGGAAGUGAGAUUGGCUCAAUUACAAAUAUUCCUGGCUGAAAUUGAUAGAAUCAAAAGGAAAGAUCCUGACGGUCUAGACAUUUUAUUGAUGGGUGACCUCAAUAGCACACCUCAUUCACCUGUCUUAACUUUAUUGAAUCAAGGCAAAUUAUUGAGUACUUAUCGACCUCUUCCACCAUGUCUGGGUGUUUCUCCCGAGUGUGUACAUCUGGAAAAGGAAAUACCGCCUGUGCAGUGGAGGAGGAAGUCUAUAGAGCUUUCUCCAGCUCUGCUGGUCUUCCAUCAAACGCCUUCUCCCAUUCCAUUGGAGUCCUCCUAUCAGGAAAUCCUUCUUUUCUUCGUUGUUCCAUUUAUUCCUUGGUCGAGCUUUUCCUCUCUUCCCGUCAGUCUUGGCUUGAUAGACCUCUCUAGCGAUUCUGCUAGUUACCUGCUUUCUCAUCCUUUCAAAUUUCAUUCAGUUUAUGAUUUAAAAGAAAAUUCAAACCGAGGAGUUACAACUUUCCAGCACGGUUGGGUAUUGGUUGACUACAUGUUUUAUUCGGAUGGUAUAAGAUUGAUGUCUCGCUUAAGCCUUCCUACAGCAGCAGAAUGCGACUUACACGUUCGUUUUCUACCUAAUGAAUUCAACCCAUCUGAUCAUCUUCCAUUGGUUGGGGAGUUCAUCAUUUACUGACCAACUUCAUAUUGUUCAUACUUCAUUUAAGAAAGACUUUUAUUUUAAAUAUAUAAAAAUAACUUUUGUGUAUUGUAUAAAAUUUUACUCAUACAAAGAUAUUUAAAUUGUAAUUAAUUGUUUGCAUACAUAUUUAUAUUUUUGUAUUCAUAAAAUACAUUUUGUAUAUAUUUACAAUUUUUAACUAUUUAUUUUAAUUGUGAGGUAGGAGGGUGUUGUUUCUUUUCUUUAUUAGUCUGAAAAAGGUGACAGCUUGUUAAAGGUGUUUCUUUAUAUAAUCUUGCCUUUAUUGAGAUGUUUAAAAUUUGUAUCCACACAUGAGUCAGCUUUUCAAAAAAGCUGACUCAGGUGUGGAUACAAAUCCUCAUGUGUGGAGCUCUUUAAUAUUGAUCAAUCAUGAAGGAGAAUUUAUUGAUAGCUCAUGUCUUAAGCAUAAUGUUCUCAUUAUAUUGAAUAAGUCAAUAUUGUAUAUAAUCUGUUGUAUAUAUUGUUUUUCUAGGUCGUUAGAAAAUGAUUUUAUUUUUAUAUAAAUUCUAGGUUAAAUUACUAGAUUGUUUAAAGACUUUUUAAACUCUUUUGAAGAGUAAAGUCCAACUUCUUUGUUUAAAAAAAACUGUGACAAAUUUAAUACAUGUUUAUUGUUA